AUGAAGGUUCGUGCAAUGGUACUGCUUUUUGGAAUCAUCCCUCGCUUCUGUCUCGGUUACGAUCGAUCCUGCCAUCCAGUGUUCAACGAAAUAUCUACGCUUGGGUUCAAAUCUUCUUACGUAACCCAAUUCAUCGAGCUUUCUCUCAGCGAAGGUUGCAAGGACAGCAGCAGCCGUAAAAGUUUCACCCUCAACAAAUAUGGGCUAUUGGUCCUUGAGACCAGACCGCUAUUGAACCUACACCUUGAGCCGGAUACCUUCUCUCUGAUAUCAUUUGUGGACUUCAAUAAUCAUAAAUGGCCACAAGAAGACGGACACUUUGUGAAGAGGUUCUACGUUGUGGGCAGCUCACGAGAGAACGUGCUUACUGAUUUCCGUUUCUACGACUUUGAUGAUAGAACAGCAAGCACCACUGUGGAAUACCAAGAUUUUGUCAGCAAGUUUAGCUUCGUCAAAACGUCGUCUGCUGGCAAUCCUUCAUAUGUUACUGACAAAAUUCAAGUCUCGCGUUCGGAUCAGGAAUGGCUUUCAAGCAGGAUCAAAAGUCACGUUGUUUUCGCUCCAACUGAAGACACCCGCAGCAUGCUCUCGCUGGGAAGGCUUGCUACUCUACUUCCUGGUCAAACUCAUUUCUAUGUUCUUCCUCCCGACUCGCUCGACGACUGCACUUCUGCGUCCUAUUGCGACUCCACUUGGGUGCUGGCGCUUCCUUCUCCCGGAGAACGUAACUACUGUACUGGAGAAAACGUCAGGCUGCACCUAUCGCGAGUAGAAGUAUCUCACACAACGCAGCAGCCUAGUGUGGACGAAGUGAGCCCCAUGGAUGCAAGUUCGUACAGUGAUUCGCAAGAUGAGCUCAGAGAGCGACCCGGAGGUUAUGCGGAGCCAUUGGAUGCAAGCGUCGAAGGAGGAAACGUUGAUCACCCUGAAGUGAGAGACCAAUGCCAUUCUCAGGUUACAGAACUAAAACUCACGAUCAAAGCUCUGAAUAAACAAGUUGAAGAUAUGAAGGAGGAGCUCCAUCGACUAGUUGAAGAAAUGAAGGAGAAAAACAACUUUUUCAAAGAAGCGUUUCAGCUAACAGGAGAAAGUGAGAGGAGGAGAUAUGGACUGUUUAGAAGCAAAGAGGAUCUGGAAAAAUUGAAGCAAAAUCUCCACUACUUAAGCGUUGACGGGAAAACGCUAUCUAGGUCUCAGAUCACGACGUUGGCAAAACUUCCGUGGUUGUCGUACUAUAGAAAUCCCACCAAGCCUUACGCCGAUUUCCUCCGCUGCAACCUUUGCAACAGGGAAACUGUUAUACAGGAAUAUGACCCGGACCCAGAUCAUGCUAAAUGUGAGCAAUCUAUACGCAGGAACGACGGUAAACUUCGAACGAAUGCAUUGGGAAGAGGCUCUGUAAUGUGCGUUCAGAAGUAUGGGGGACGGGAUCCCUCAUCGAGAAAGGGCAUCAAUGUUAUUCUGAACAGAGUAAGGGCUCAUCAGAGUACGUCGGAGCACGAAGCAAACUUCCAAGAAUACAUCGCAACGGCGAAAGCGCUAGAAACUCGCGUGCCGCAGGUCGUGGAAGGUAGUCUCAUCUACUCUUGCCGCUUACACUAUUGCAAAAGAAGGGCUAUCUUUCAAGAAGCAAUUUUCCCUUAUGCUAUAUGGGAUUACGCGCAGGAGCAGCACCAGCCACAGCACACUUUGAUUCCUUGUCAGCACGGAACAAUCUCUCAGCAAAAUCGACCCAUCACAUUCCAUUUUGCGUUGGUACGAGUAGAAAGUGAGAGGGCGGACGAUAUCGUCGACGCGCUUACUAGCUAUUUGGAGGAUCUUGAAUCAUGGAAGAACAGUCCCGGCUUGAAUGAUACUCCCUAUGCUUUUUUCAUGAAACGAAUGGUAGCACUUUCCUCUGACGGCGCCUCUGUAAUGACAGGAGCUUCCGGUGGAGUUCAUAGAAAGCUGCAAGGUCUUAUCAUUCAAGAGACACAGAGGAGCGGAAGCGGUCGAGUAAACUUCCUCCUCUCCGUAUGUGCAGCACACAAACUAGAUUUGGCGGUGAAGGGGCAGAAAGGAAGCGUUUUCAAAUUCACACAGGUCCUUGUAUCGGAAUUGCACUCUCUGUUCACCUCGGCACGCGGCCGCGCCGCUUAUUCUGCAGCGGCAAAGGAUAUGGGGUUUCCCCUUCUGAAAAUGGAUGCCUUGCACGCCAGCUCUAUUUCGAAGCUGCUCCGCGUUUACCCAGUUUUGAUCCAAGCUUCAGAAAGAUUAGCUAAGGACAGCUCCGCUUCUCCAAUUGCGAAAGAACGAGCUACAGACGCAGAAUUUAUCUUGAACGAUGGUCGAAUAUUCAUUACCCUACAUCACGUCAAUGCGACACUUUCGUAUCUCGCUAGACUGUCCGAAGCUCUGCAGGACGAAGAGGCUCUUAUGGUAGAUUACCUAUCACGCUGGCGACACCUGGAUUCCCUUCUUGAACAUGAAGCAUUGAAAGACGACGUCUAUGAUUACCUCGCCCAUUGUGGGUUCCUCUACAUGUGGGAUCAUGAACGACACAAAUUUGUGGACGCUGAUCUCAACUUCCUCAAGAAUUAUUAUACACCUUAUUCCACACCACAUAGUACUGCGGUAGAUGGACCUUCAGAGAACUUCCUCGCCUACAAUCCUUCCAUGUUCUCAGAUUUCAGCUUGAAGGAAGUGGACAAACUGGAAGAGCUCCACCGAAUGAACACAGCCCACUUGAGAAGGAUACAGUUUUUUAGAAAUGUCAACACAGGCUACUCACCGGGUGAACAAGGCUCUACCGAUCUGCGGCGUUAUUACCUGGACAUCACUGUUUUACCUAAACCAGAAGCUCAAAUCAACCAGUUCUACAACGAUCUUCGGACAAGCUUUCGCCACCAUAUGACUCCCAGCAAGUAUCCCACGGAAGCACACAAAUAUUUUCCAUACGCUUUAGACAGGCAUAUCAUAUUAGACAUCAUCGAAUGCAACGGAGAUUACGAGGCAUUCAAAAAUUGCGAUUUGCCAGGUGUUACAGCAGCAAGCCGGGGUUACCCUGAAUAUGUGGACGAGGAGGGAAAUGUGGAUAAAGGCAAGCGUGAUAGACUCAUUCUGAUGUCCAUCACCGACAUUCAGGAAAACUGCUCCCUGCCUGAAGCCCGUGGCCCAUUCUUUGACUUCUACAACUCAAUUGCAAGAACGGCGCGCACAUCGAACACAUGGCCAACCGAUCUCCGCAGUGACAAAAACAGUAUUCAACUCUACAAAACACUUCUUGACAACGGUGAAGCGUUGAAAAUUCCUCCACCUUUAGUACAUCAGUGGACAAAGCCGCGUCCCGGCUUGAAGCUGAAGCCUCACCUGCCUCUUGCACUUCCUCAACUGAGAGGCAGGAUGAUAAACACAAGCUCGUGGAUCUUUAUGCCACACAUUCAAUGUCGGUACAAGGAUCAAGUGAAAGUGAAGCCGCCGACGCGCAACAUCAGUCAAAAAAAGACCAAGAAAUGUCAAGAGCAAUGA